AUGUUCUUGCAACGAACUGCUAUUGCUGCGGCUCGCCGCGCCGCCGUCGCUCCGGCCAUUGCUCGCGGCUUCACCACCUCUAUUGCUCGCCGUUCUGCUGGUCCUACAACCCCCAGUGAGCAGGCUGCUGCUCUUGCCGGCACUGCCCAGAAGAAGAUUGGAACUUACAAGACCAUCUCCGAGGUCAAGACCGACGAAGAUCUCAUCGGACCCGGUGGCCAGCCCGGCGCCGUCCCUACCGAUCUCGAGCAAGCCACCGGUCUUGAGCGUCUGGAAAUCCUCGGAAAGAUGGAGGGUGUUGACGUUUUCGAUAUGCGACCCCUCGACGCCAGCCGUAAGGGAACCAUGGAGAACCCAAUCCUGGUGCGCUCCGCCGGCGACGAGCAGCUUGCUGGCUGCACCGGCUACCCCGCCGACUCCCACACCGUUGUCUGGCUCGGCCUUUCCAAGGAGCGUCCUCUGGAGCGAUGCCCCGAGUGCGGCGGCGUCUACAAGAUGGACUACAUUGGACCCGAGGACCACCACGAUCACGGACACGGCCACCACGCCCAGGAGAUUGCCGAGCCCAAGACCUUCGCCGACUUCGUCAAGCCCGAGUACCGCUACCAGUAA